GGUCUAAACUAUCCUCAUGAUGUUCGGCAAGGUUAUUACAUGUGUCUGGCUAAUCCAAUUGCAUUUCAGCCCGCCUCCCAUCAUAGAAAAGAUAAGCCAGAUCUCCAAGAUCCCGUUUACCUUUUGCACUUCCCGACUGAGGAAGGAGAAAUCGAGGCCACCUGGUACUCCCUCGAACAAACAAAAGAACCGCAAGAAUAAAAACCAGGCUCCAAAAUCCGAGGCUACCAGCAGAUCAGCAACCCAAGAUCCAAAGGAACAAACACAGCAAGAUCAGGGACAGCCACCUAUGUCGACGACAACUACCACAACCACUGAGCCUGCCCAGAAUGAACAAAGCAGCACCCACCUCCCCCGCAAACCCCGCUCUAUCUACCCAGCCUCAAUCCUAGGCCUUGCCAUGGUCGCCAGAGGCGAAAUGGCUACCUCAUCGCAUCCCUAGCAGAGACCGGUGGCAUCUUCUCAUCAAGCGAGCAGCAGAACAGCGGUAGCUCCGAGCUGUACCUUGUGGUGGUCUGGGCUAUCACCCUGUGCACCAUUAUCGGGCCAAUUUGCGUUGGUACCCUGAUCAAAAGGGUUAAGACGUUACAGGAUCAACGGGUAAACUCUGGGGGCCAGGAUCCGUUGGGAUCGUGGGGGGUUACUUCUUGAGAUCACUUCUACCGGUGG